UGUGUGGUUUUGAUAUAAAAAUAUUUUCAAACAUGCUCUGAAGGUGAACUCAAUAUAAAAGUGGGGUGAACCAGUUCCUUCCCAAACCCAAAUGGCAAACAGCUCAGAAAUGGAGAAUGGAGAUGGAUGGAAGAAAGAUGAUUUCACAAAAGAUGGGUCAGUGGAUCUGAAGGGACGCCCAGUUCUCCAUUCCAAAACUGGAAGAUGGACCGGCUGCUCUUUCAUCGUUGGGUAUGAGAUAUUUGAGAGGAUGGCUUAUUAUGGAAUAUCUUCAAAUUUGGUGCUGUAUUUAACAAAUAAGCUACAUGAGGGUACGGUGGCAUCUUCAAGGAACGUGACAAACUGGGUUGGCACCGUUUGGAUGACUCCCAUCAUUGGUGCCUACAUUGCUGACGCCCACUUGGGACGUUACUGGACUUUCCUCAUCUCCUCUGCCAUUUAUCUCUCUGGAAUGUGUCUGCUCACGCUUGUGGUCUCGCUCCCCUCGCUCCGCCCGCCGUCCUGCAACAGAAACAAUCAAGACUGCACUGCAGGCUCCGUCCCACGUGCCUCUACAUUCCAAAUUGGGAUCUUCUACUUCGCGCUAUACGUCCUUGCUGUCGGCACAGGGGGCACCAAGCCUAACAUCUCCACCAUGGGAGCUGACCAAUUCGACGAAUCCCAUCCUAAAGAGAGGAAGCAAAAGCUCUCCUUCUUCAACUGGUGGAUGUUUAGUAUCUUCUUUGGGACCUUGUUUGCCAAUACCUUCCUUGUAUACAUUCAGGAUAAUGUUGGAUGGACUCUGGGCUAUGGUAUACCAACAGCGGGACUCUUGGUAUCUAUCUGUAUAUUUGUCAUCGGGACGCCGUUUUAUAGGCAUAAGUUGCCUUCUGGGAGCCCAUUUACCCGAAUGCUUCGCGUUUUGGUGGCUGCUGCUCGAAAAUGGAAUGUCAAGGCCCCUGAUGACAGCAGAGAGCUCCAUGAGUUGGAUGCUGCAUAUUAUGUUGCCAAGGGCUCAUGCAGGAUCGAUCCAACACCAGAGCUCAGGUUUAUUGACAAAGCUGCAGUAAAGAGUGGCCCUGAAACUCCUUGGAUGCUUUGCACAGCGACUCAAGUUGAAGAGACAAAGCAGAUGAUAAAAAUGAUCCCAUUUCUGAUUGCCUCAUUUGUGCCUAGCAUAAUGGUAGCUCAAUCCAAUACCCUUUUUGUGAAACAAGGAACCACCCUAAAUAGAAGCAUGGGUCCUCAUUUCAAGGUCCCUCCUGCAAGCUUGAUAGGUUUUAUCACCAUUUCUAUGUUGGUUAGCCUAGUGAUUUACGACCGGGUCUUUGUCCCUGUAAUGAGGAGAUAUACAAAGAAUCCGAGAGGAAUAUCACUGCUACAGCGUAUGGGAAUUGGCCUUGCUCUACACAUUAUCAUAAUGACAGUCGCUUCCUUGAUCGAAAGAAAGAGACUGAGUGUUGCGAGGGAACAUGACCUAGUAGAACACGAGGGGACGAUCCCUCUCACCAUUUUCAUACUACUCCCACAAUUUGCUAUCCUGGGAGUGGCUGAUACCUUUUUAGAAGUUGCAAAGAUAGAAUUCUUCUAUGAUCAAGCACCAGAGAGCAUGAAAAGUCUUGGAACUUCAUAUUUCUCAACUACUUUGGGUAUUGGGAACUUCCUUAGCAGUUUCCUUCUCACAAUUGUGCAUAAUGUCACAGGAAGGCAUGGUAAAAAGAGUUGGAUUCUCAAUAAUUUGAACGAUUCUCAUCUCGACUACUACUAUGCAUUUUUUGCAAUCCUAAACUUGGUGAAUUUCUUGUUCUUCUUAGUAGUGGCCAGAUUUUAUGUCUAUAGAGCAGAAGGACUUGGUAUGCAGAAAAUUCAAGAGAAGGCACUAAAGACAUCGGCCGUAGAGGACGGCGGUCUGGUUGAGGAUAUGAGACCAGGAUAAUUUAUGAUAUCUGAAUAUUUACAUGUUUGUAUAGUAAAGAAUGAAAUUCAUGCAGGUUUGAAAUUCGAAUGUUGAUAACAGAUAUUCUUGCUUCUUUUUGAGAAGGAAGUCUCCUGUAAUAUCCUCUAUACUUGCUUUGAAGUAUAUGAAUUGUACCAAUGUAAUUUUAGGCCUCUGUGAA